AUGCAGACAUCACAAUAUCACAUCUUUUCUCUCCCACCUGAACUCUUAGAGUCGUUGACGCCGCGUAAUCUUGUCAACAAAGUCGCUUCCCGAUCCCAUACACCAGAACCUACCGUAAUUACAUCAAAAUCUGGCCCCAGAGCAUGCGCUAUCUGCAAUGGCAUAGCGUUUCUGGACGUUGAGGAACAACGUGCCCACUUUCGGUCGGAUUGGCACCGAUACAAUGUCAAGACGCGGUUGAACGGCGGUAAAACCGUCUCUGAAGCAACAUUUGCUCAACUAAUUGAAGGACUGGACGAUUCCUUAUCUGGAUCAGCGUCCUCAGAUGAUGAAGAUGAAAAUUCAGACGCCGUGAAUGCCUUAGUUGGGAAGACAAAGCGUUUAAACACCCGAUCUCCUUCCCCUGAUUCCUCAAUAAAAAGCCUACCUGUCACUGCUCUUACAUGGUUUCACUCUCCACCAUCCACACAACUUGGAAUAUAUCGCUCUAUUUUCCCUCUAGAGACAGAACCAACCCAAUACCUCUCGGAGCUGAAGAAUCUUCAACAAAGGCGACCGGAAGGACGGACAUGGGCUCUGUUUAUGAUCGCUGGUGGCCAUUUUGCCGGAGCAGUGGUCAGAGUCAGUCAAAAUGAGGAUGAAGAUGAAGAACCGAGCGAAGGACAGAGGUCGCGGAAAAAGAGACCCAAGAGACCCAAACCGGACACUGAAGUCCUUCUGCACAAAACAUUUCAUCGAUACACUACUCGACGGAAACAGGGUGGAUCUCAGUCAACCAACGAUAAUGCCAAAGGACCCGCCAAUAGUGCUGGGGCUUUACUUCGACGUUAUGGUGAGCAGGCCCUGAAAGAUGAUAUUCGAGGCUUGCUCCAGGAAUGGAAAGACGAAUUGGUUGAAUGUGAGAGGAUAUGGAUCCGUGCAAGCACAUCUAAUCGCAGAAUAUUCUACGACUACGAUGAUGCGCCUUUCAGUCAUCGGGAUGAGCGAUUGAGAACGUUUCCGUUUCCAACGCGUCGACCGACACAAUCCGAACUGACACGAUGUCUGAUGGAACUUACUCGCUUCAAAAUAUCACAUUAUACCGAAGAAGAACUGCGUGAACAAGAUGAAGCAUAUCUUGCUUCCCUGACAAAGCCUAAACCAGUACCGACAGUAGUUCAAGCAACGCCGCCGGAAAAACCCAAGCAAAGGCAACCGAAGCUCUCGAAAGAGGAGGAGGUUUUGCGCGAAAAAUGGAAUCGCAUGCUAGAAAUGGCCAUCAAGGGGCGCCUCGAAGCUUUGAAAUCGUUCUUUGCCAGGGAAGGUGAAGCACUUGGUGGGGUUGAUGCAAGGAUUCCAGAAUGGACAGGAGAAAAACGAGCAACACUUCUGCAACUCGCUGUUCAGUAUGGGCAUGAAGACAUGGUACAAUGGUUACUGGAAGAAGCUCGUGCAGACCCAACAAUCCCUCUCCCCUCUAUAACGGCAGGACAUGACUCUAUAACGGCAGGACAUGAACAGGAGAAUGUCAACGUAGGCAACAAGUCUGACGACUCAGAUUUACUCCGCUCCGUUCCAGUGGGCUCACAAAAAACGGCUUACGACCUUGGUCGUACUAAAGCCAUUCGGGAUGUCUUCAGACGUUGUGCCGCCUUGCAUCCGGAUUGGUGGGACUGGUUGGGUGCCGCUCAUGUCCCAAGCGCGUUGAGUCAUGACAUGGAGCAUGAGCGCGACGAAAAGAAAAAGGCCAAACGAAAAGGAUUGAAAGAUCGGGUUAAGGAACGCGAGGCAAAGGAGCGGGAGAAACAGAAGGACAGACCAAUUACACCACCAGUAGUAGAAACCAAACCCACAGUACGCGAAAUCGUUGAUUCGAAUUCAACGUCGCGGCGGCUCGGAGGUGGAUCGGGUGCCGCUCAGGGGAUCACAGGACUUACUCCUGAAAUGAGAGCGAAAGUAGAGCGGGAACGUCGAGCGAGAGCAGCUGAGGCACGGUUGAAAGGUUUGCAGACAAGCUAG